UCUCUUCUUCUUUCUGCGAGCACAAAGCCUCAGCUCGAGAGUGGAGUUGUUGCGGAUCCAAUAAAAGGAAAAGAAAAGAGAGAAAGGACUUCAGCCAUAGAUCCUAAGGAUGGCUUUUAACUGCAUCAGCCUAGCUCUUCUCUCCUAUCUAAUCUUAUUCGCCUCCCUAUCUCUGUUCUCCCAUGCCACAGACACCCUCAAACCGGGCCAAUCCUUGCAAGAUGGCGGGACGCUCAUCUCUGCCGGCGAGAUGUUCGAACUCGGUUUCUUUAGACCUGGCAAGUCUUCGAACCGGUACGUGGGAAUUUGGUACCGCUUCUCGAUCGACACCGUCUUAUGGGUUGCCAACCGAGAAAGCCCGAUCACAGACAACUCGGGAUCUGUAGCCAUUGGACAUGACGGUAACCUCGUAGUCCUCGACGGGACCAAGAGCAUCAUCUGGUCGUCGAAGACUUCGAUGGCAUCGAACGAUUCGUUGGUGCGACUCACAGAUAGUGGCAAUUUGGAGCUCAUCGACAGCUCUGGGAGCGUUGCAUGGCAGAGCUUCGACCACCCAACCGACACGUACAUGCCCGGGAUGAAGGCUGGGCUGGACCUCAGGACCCACGUGAACCAGAAGCUAACCUCAUGGACAAGUGAAGACGAUCCAGCCCCGGGGAACUUCUCACUCGGCAUGGAUCCGAGCGAGUCGACGCAAAUCUACAUGUGGGAGGGGACGAAGCCUCGGUGGAGGUCCGGCCGGUGGGACCAGCAGACGUUCAUCGGCAUACAGAACAUGGUGCCUACUUAUGUCUAUGGCUUCAGGCUUAGCAACUUUCAGCAGGAACAGAAGAUGUACUUCUACUACAACGCAUUGAACAAUUCGCCUCGGUACGUAUUGACAUGGGAUGGCAUCAUGAAGCAUAUGAUUUGGAGGAAUGAUACUAAGGAUUGGUAUCAGUAUUGGGCGCAACCGGUUACGGACUGUGAAAUCUACAACACAUGUGGGAAAUACGGGAGUUGCACGGAUGGAGCUACACCAAUUUGUAGCUGUUUGAAAGGGUUCGUGCCGGCAUCGAGCGAGGAGUGGAGUAAGGGGAAUUGGUCGAGCGGGUGCACUAGAAGGACACCAUUGGGGUGUGGGAGGGGUAAUAGUAGUGGGGAGGCGGGAGGAGAUGGGUUCUGGAGGCUGGGAGGGGUGAAUCUGCCGGACAUCUCGGAUUGGAAUGAUGGCCUGGAUAUUAAUGGCUGUGAAGAGCGUUGCUUGAGGAAUUGUUCAUGCACGGCCUACGCAUUCGUCACCGGGAUUGGGUGUUUGAUAUGGGGGGUGGAUUUGUUGGACAUUCAUAUAUUCUCGAGCGGCGGAAACGACCUGUAUCUCCGGCUUGCCGGAUCGGAACUAGAUAAGAAGAAUAACAAAACUUUCAUCAUAAUUAUAGUCACUGUGACAGUGGUCCUUUCCUUGGGAUGCAUCUACCUGCUGUGGAAGUGCAAGAACAGAAUAAAAGAGUUGUUUAAGCAACGAUUAGUUGGAGGAAGAGGAUUGAUGGAUUCUACCAGAGGCCAAGAAAGAUUGACAGAUUAUUCAGACUCAACUGGAAACAGGAUUGGAGAGGAAGGAAGUGAUGGAAAAUGCCCAGAAUUAUCACUGUGGAGUUUUGAUUCUGUAGUAGCUGCUACAAAAAGCUUUUCCAGUUCCAAUUUUAUCGGUGAAGGUGGGUUUGGUCCUGUUUUCAAGGGCAUACUACCUGAAGGACAAGAAAUAGCUGUGAAAAGGCUUUCUAGGAGCUCCAUGCAAGGCCUCAAUGAACUUAAGAAUGAGGUGAUGCUGAUUGCGAAACUUCAACACAGGAACCUUGUAAGGCUCUUAGGCUGUUGCAUCCAAGAGGAAGAGAAGAUACUAAUCUAUGAGUACCUGCCUAACAAAAGCUUGGAUGCUUUCCUUUUUGAUCCAAUAAAAAGAGGGCUACUAGACUGGAAAACACGGUACAACAUCAUUGAAGGGAUUGCCCGUGGGCUCGUCUACCUUCACAGGGAUUCGAGGCUUAGAGUAAUCCAUCGCGACCUAAAACCUAGCAACAUUUUGCUCGAUGAAGAUAUGAACCCCAAAAUUUCAGACUUUGGCAUGGCUAGGAUCUUUGGCAAUGAUGAGAAUGAAACAAAUACAAAGCGACUGGUCGGAACAUUUGGCUAUAUGUCUCCCGAAUAUGCAAUGCAAGGGCUAUUUUCAGUAAAAUCUGAUGUCUAUAGCUUUGGAGUUCUACUACUAGAGAUUGUUAGUGGGAGCAAGUGUAAUACAUUCCGUCACCCGGAAUUGGCUAUGAACCUAAUAGCAUAUGCCUGGAAACUAUGGAAUGAGGACAGAGUGAUGGAGUUUGUGGAUCCAACCAUCAGUGAUUCAUGUUCGAGAAGGGAAGUGUCAAGAUGCAUCAAUGUGGGGCUCUUAUGCGUGCAGGACCGUCCAAAUGAUCGGCCAAACAUGGCAUCGGUUGUUAUAAUGUUGGGUAGUGAGAUUGUCAAUCAUCCACUGCCCAGGCGACCUAUGUUUACUGUAGAGAGAAACUUCAGCGAGACUGACUCAUCGACGAUUGAUCUCAAUGUCAUGUCUGCGAAUGCUUCGAUCACUAUGCUCCAGGGAAGAACAGUGGUUUCAACCUGGCGGAGAUCAGAAAUGGGUUUUAACUUCAGCUACCCAAGCAUCAUCCUCUCUUAUUUGCUCAUUUUUUCUAGUUCUCCAUCCUUGUUUUCUCAUGCCACAGAUACCUUAACGCAUGGCCAAUCCAUCAGCGAUGAGCAAACCCUUGGAUCCGCUGGAGACGUCUUCGAGCUCGGAUUCUUCAGCCCUGGGAGCUCAAAGUACCGAUAUAUCGGCAUAUGGUAUCAAAACAUCAAGACACGGUCCGUCGUCUGGGUCGCGAACCGAGAAGCCCCCCUGAAGAAUUCUUCUGGGAAUUUCACAGUUGGAAGCGAUGGAAACUUGCUAUUGCUCGAUGGAGGAGGCAGCAUCAUAUGGUCUUCGAACUUGCCGGCGACAUCAAACAAUUCUACUGCACACCUCCUGGACUCAGGCAACCUCGUUCUCCGGUCAGCCAAUGGAACAGUGCUGUGGGAGAGCUUCGAUCACCCAACUGACACGUUCCUCCCUGGCAUGAAAAUUGGUCUUGACACCAAGACGGGAAGGAGACGGAUCUUCACUUCAUGGAAAGGCCCCGACGACCCUUCAGCUGGGAACUAUUCACUGAGCCUCGACCCUCUUGGGUCGGCGCAGGUCUUCAUGUGGGAAGAGACGGUGCCACGUUGGAGGUCCGGGCAAUGGAAUGGGCAAGUCUUCAUAGGUACCACGAUGAGAGCUCUCUAUCUCUAUGGAUUCAAGUUUAUAAACGACGCGAAUCAAGGAAUCAUGUACUUCACUUACACCCAAUUUAAUAGCUCCCUUCUGAGGUUUGUGCUGCAAUGGGAUGGAGUGGAGAACAGCACGAUGCUGGUCGGAGAGACGAAAGAAUGGAAGACCGUCUGGGCGGAGCCGACCAACGAGUGCGAGAUCUAUGGCAAGUGCGGGAUCUACGGGAUGUGCAACAAUGGCGAUACGCCGAUAUGUAGCUGCCUCGACGGGUUCGAGCCGAGCUCGAGAGAGGAAUGGAGUAGAGGAAAUUGGUCAGGGGGGUGUGUUCGAAGAACUCAAUUGGAUUGCCAGUUAAACAGAAGUGGCGAUGGAUUCUUUAGGGUGGCAGGGGUGAAGCUGCCGGACCAUUCAAACUGGGCUUCGACGGUCUUAAAUGAAGCAGGAUGUGAAACAGCUUGUCUGAAUAACUGCUCCUGCAAGGCAUAUGCAUUUGUUUCUGGUAUUGGGUGUAUGACAUGGGUGCGUGAUCUGAUAGACAUCUACCAGUACCCGGAAGGGGACAACGAUCUCUACCUCAAACUCCCAGCAUCUGAAUUAGGAACUGAUAGCAAGAGAUGGAAAAUAAUUGUUACAGUAUCUACCCUGGGGGGGUUCUUUUUGAUCACAUGCAUCUUCUUAGGGUGGAAGUACAAUAAAAGAAUAAAGGAUUGGUUGAAGAUGGGCAGAAAGAAACAUGACUUGUUGCAUAAUAUGUUUCUCAACAGAGAGGUUAGACCAGACUUCUCAGGGCCAAGUGAGUAUGGAGAGGAAGUGCAGGAGGGAGAAGGGGCUGAGCUUCCCUUGUAUACUUUUGAAUGCAUAUCUAUUGCAACUGAUAAUUUUAGUGAGUCGAAUAAACUUGGAGAAGGAGGAUUUGGCCACGUUUACAAGGGAAUGCUACCUGGAGGUGAAGAAAUAGCUGUGAAAAGGCUUUCAAGGAGUUCUGGGCAGGGACUGGAGGAGUUCAAGAAUGAAGUCAUACUAAUCGCAAAGUUGCAGCACAGGAAUCUAGUCAAAUUAUUGGGCUAUUGCAUUCAGGGAGAAGAAAAGAUACUAAUCUAUGAGUACAUGCCUAAUAAAAGCUUGGAUGCCUUCCUCUUCCGACCUGCUAAGCAAGCAUUACUAGAUUGGAGAACACGCUUCAACAUCAUAGAAGGGAUUGCACGAGGACUCCUUUAUCUUCAUAGGGAUUCAAGGCUACGAAUUGUUCAUCGUGAUCUCAAAGCUAGCAACAUUUUGUUGGAUGAAGACAUGAACCCCAAAAUAUCUGACUUCGGAAUGGCGAGAAUAUUUGGAGGUGAUCAAAAUCAAGCAAAUACGAACCGAGUUGUUGGAACAUUUGGCUACAUGUCUCCUGAGUAUGCAAUGGAAGGCCUUUUCUCUGUGAAAUCUGAUGUCUAUAGCUUUGGAAUUUUGGUCUUAGAAAUUGUGACAGGCCGAAGGAACAAUUCCUUUCACCAUACAGAGAACUCCCUAAAUAUUGUAGGAUAUGCAUGGCAAUUGUGGAAUGAAGAUAAAGCAGUCGAAUUGAUCGACCCAUCUAUACGAUCAUCAUGUUCUAUUCGUCAAGUGAUUAGAUGCAUACACAUAGGACUCCUGUGUGUACAGGAUCGUGCUAAUGAGAGGCCAGACAUACCAACUAUUAUAUUAAUGUUGGCUAGUCAAGCCGUAAUUCUCCCAAUGCCUAAACAGCCCACUUACACAGCUGAGGGAAGCCCACAUGAUAGUGAUUUAAUGGCGAACAAAUACGAGUCUUUUACUACAUCUGAUAUCACAAUCACGAUGCUUCACGGAAGAUAGAAGAUGUAAAUUACCUUGUGUACAUAAUUAUCUAUGCAGUCUUGGAAAUGAUCAGAUUUCUUUUUAAAGAGAAUUUCCUAGAGAGCUCGUCUAGAGAUGGAACUACUUUUGAGAAAAUGAACAAGAUUUUGGGUUUUGUUGAGAAAGUAUUCGGUUCAGGCAACUCAACAUAACUUCACUGAGGGAAUGCAAUACAAGAUUUUGGUGUUGGUGGUUCCUAAUUUUUUUUUAAUUCUCCUGUACUAUAAUGGGAAUAAAUUGAUAGAUAUUACACAAAGUCAUA